CUUGAGAGCCUCGAGACGCUCGUCCAAACCGCAGGAGCUCUCUUGAAGCAGCUCCAAGACGUGCUCGGUGAAAUCCGAAAGAACCCAGAGGCCGUCUCGACACCAGCGACUUCGGCAACAUCAACAACGCCUCUCGAUGCCAUCGCCCUGGCUCGCGACUCUGCUACUCUGAUCAAAGCUCAUGCCACCAAAGUCUCGCUGCUUAUCAUAAACAAGCCCUUCACCCCGAGCGCAAUCUCCUCUGUAGUCCGCGAGCUUGUCACCGGCCCUAUACCCGGUCUUGCAGCUUCCGUCCAGGCUUGCGAUUCAAAUGGAUUCACCUUGGUAUUUCGGCGCGAGUUGGCGUGGCGAUGCCAGCGCGUAUUGGUAGAGCUGGCCGAUCUCCUGCAGAAGAUACCCAAGGACGGGAAAGUCUUGACAAAGGAAAACGAAGGGUUUGGUGCCUCAGGAAAAGGCAGCAUUGCGUCAACUGGUGUCCUCUGGGCUGCUUGCGACAAGGUUAUCAGCUUUGCUAAUGGCGGCGUCAGCGGAUUCUUCGUGGAAAAGAUGAACGAGUGGAAGGAUACCCUCAACGACAUCAUGGAAGAGAUGAAGGAAUGGGGCGAUGAGGAACCUGAUGAAGAGGGCGAUGAGGACGAAGACGACGAAGACGAGGUCGAUGAUCUUGCUGAUCAGGUCGGGUCAACCCAUAUAUCGACCCAAAACCUUCUCGACGACCUCAUGAAUUCUCACCGAACCAUCCCUGCCUCAGACCCUGACGGCAUCCGGCCCCGCCUCGAAUCGUCCCUCCGCCGCCUGCGCCUCGUCAUCCUCCUAUACCAAGCCAUCACCAAGCGUCGCAUGAAGAAGCUGCCCCCCUUGCCACAGAGCGACGCCAGCGGAAAAGUACCGCGCCGACUAGACGAGCUCGCUACCUUGCUGCAGAAGCUCCCCGAUAGUUUCGGGGAUUUGGCGUGUGCCUUUUACGAGCUGCGGCCGAGGGAGAUUGACGAUGCCAUGGACCAGUGCUUCCUCGAUGCGUUUGCCGUGAGUGAGCUGCUGAGCGAGAGCUGGGACGGCUCGAGAGAUGAGUUUACGGAGUGGACAGAAAAGUUUCAAAAGGAGAUUAAAAAAGCAUAG